GUCGCUCCUCCGGCGGCCAGAAGGGCGGAGUUAACCAACUUCUACACUGACUCCAGUGGCUCGGAGGGUAGAUAUGUAUUCUGCAGGACCGUCUGACCCCUUGUGAGGGUUAAAGUGCAUAUUUUCUAAUCUUCUGAUAACGUUUGAGGCUCUUGGGUCAAAAAUGAUGCGCUUCCUGCUGCUCUUCAGUCGCCAGGGGAAGCUGCGUCUGCAGAAAUGGUUUACGCCCAUUCCAGAACGUGAGAAGAAGAAGAUCAUAAGAGACAUGACCACCAUGGUGUUAGCCCGGCAACCACGCUCCUGCAACUUCCUGCACUGGAAAGACCUGAAGAUCAUUUACAAGAGGUAUGCAAGCUUAUACUUCUGUUUGGCCAUAGAGAACCAGGAGAAUGAGCUGUUAGCCCUGGAGGUUAUUCAUCGAUACGUGGAGCUGCUGGACAAAUACUUUGGCAAUGUGUGUGAGCUGGACAUAAUCUUUAACUUUGAGAAGGCCUAUUUUAUCCUGGAUGAGUUUCUACUGGGAGGAGAAAUACAAGAAACCUCCAAACAGAUUGUGAAUCGCUGCAUCGAAUCCUCGGACAUGUUACAGGAGUAUUAUUGCGAGGGAGAGACAGAUUUUCCUGGAACGUGGCGUAAAUACCAUGGAGGAGUAUAUGAGCAAACCUGCAUUUUAACCUGUGGAUUAAAGGGCAUUGAAAUAACAGCGGGGGAGGAGUACAGGAGCCGCAUGUACUGUAUAUGAGUCAAAGAAGUUUCUGAAAUGGAACAUGAAAUUUCCUUUGAUUCUGCUGAACAUUUUCAAAAGCAGGGGGGGGAAAGGCAUAUUGAAUGUCUGCGUACUUUCUGCCUGAAGCAUGUCUGCAUGCAGUUCCAUUUGAGACUGAGUCUAAUGUUUUUUCACAGCCGUGCAUUCGAGUGAAAAACAGGAGAAAGCUUCUUUCACAGGGUUUGCUGUUAUUGAAAUGAAAUGAAGUAGUGAUAGAAGAUGGGGAGGGGUUGAAAAUCAUAACAAUGAAGUGAUUUUACAUUUAUAAAUUUGUCACAUUUACAUUUAAAUCAUGAGCUAAUAUAUUGGAAGUGAAUGAUUGCAGUCUGAAAAGAGCCUUAUUGGGUUUUUUUUUUUAAAAUAAAAGCUGUGUUACUCUACCAGUCAAGUUUGUAUCUCAAGAAACGGCCUUAAAAAAAACACACGCUCCUGUGAAGUUACAAUGUUUUGCUUUCUUAUCUGCAACUAAGUGAUGCUGGUAUGAGACUGAUUAUGACAAGUUUCUUACUGUUAACAUAUUACAUGUGUGGGGACCCUUAGUUUUUAAAGGAGCAGUUGCUUGUGUGGGUGUGAGUCAGUUUUUUAUGAUGUGCAAUUUGUGCUGUGAUGAUUAAAAUGUUUAUUUUGAUAAGCAA